ACUUGCACUUCUCAAAGGCAAGCCGAAGCUGCCCUUGCCCACUCUUCUUCUCCUCUCCCCCCUCUUUCUACUAAAAAAAUACUCCUCCCCACACUAAACUAGUGCCAAAUUGCUUCCGCAUUCCCUCCCUGCAUUCCCCUCCUCCGAGUAUCCGACCCAUCGGCGGUCCUCUCCCUCGUGGCGACGGCCGCUCCACCGCCGCUGCCGAGUGGGUCUUGGCCGGCGACGACCGCCCACCGGAUACAGCAGCAGGGUAUGUGUGCCCGCCGCCCCACCCCUUCCCCUCUCCUCGCUCCCUUCCAUGCCUUGCGGGACUGUAACCGGACACCCCUAAACCCUAGCUGGAUCCGAUCUAGCCAGCAGCCUGUAUGUAUACUCCGCGUAUUGUGUACUAGCAUAUAUAUUUGUAUGUAUGCCUACUGGUAACUUUGCCUUUUUUAUUUUAUUUAAAUUUUUUUUUGCAACAAUUACGAGUGUACUUACAUACAUGCCGCUUUACUGCGCCUGCGCGCGGAUUAGCCGCGCCGAUCGUCGCUCGUGCGCGGGGGUUCCUCGACGUAGCUAGCUCGCCGUAUGUUUUUUCGACCGUUGCUCGCCUACUUGUUUGCCCACUUAAAAGCCACUGUAGGUUCUUUGUUCAUGGCCACACCAGUCCUGCUGGCACUGAACCUGACAUGCACUGGGGCUAUUGUGCCACACAUUUAUUGAGUUAUUGUUCUUGGUUGGCACUAAGGCGCCACGCCGCCACCGCCCGCCCACGCAUUAAUUAAUCUUGCAACCGUAAGAGCAUGUCAAACAGGAACGAGUUAUGAAUCCUUAAGAUAACUUCUUUGAUAUUGUUAUGAAUCAAUACGACACAAAGUAGAUCAAACACAGAAAAUACACAGAUUUAACGUGGAAAACCCCUCCAAGGCGAAUGGGAAAAAACCACAGCGCCGGCCAGCAACAAUCUCACUAUUUUCGGGUGGUUACAGAUCGUAGGAGAUUUACAAUGAGAUAACUACGCCCCGGCCCAAGCCUUCCGGCGACGGGCCUCCGCUUUGCUCGACAACUUGGCCGCCUUCUUCAAAAUUUGGAUCACAAACUCAACAUAUAGGAUAGCACCACCUUUCCGAAUCCAAUCCUGACCGAUGUUUCUUCGUUGCACAUCAUUUGUCGCUGUCAAUAAAUCUGGGUGGUUGUUUCCCCACUUGUGUAGUAGUGUGUAGCAUACUACCUGAAACUACUGUUAAUUUCUCAUGUAGUAUGUGUUGAAGAAUGGUUUGGAGCUAACAAUACAGACACCAACUUUUGGUAAUGAUCGGAACCGACUGGAGUGUAGCAAUGAAUCUCUAAUUGCUUGCAAUAUAACCAGAUACCUCAUUCACAUGGAUUUUUUUUCAUGUUACAGACUAGUAGCCAAGAACAAAGAGGCUAGCUAGCGGUGAUAAAGUUUUCAUAGGUACAACAAUAAAACUGAAAUUUGUGGUAUGCAAAUAAUACAGUUAUCUUUCUUCAUAUGUAUUGCACUUAGAGCAACCAAUCAUAGUGAUUAAACAUGGCCAAUUUAACCCAAUUCUCAAGCACUCAAAUUGUGCUAUUUCACAAAACUACCUGAUCAUCAAACUGUCUGCUUGUUUGUUUUAACAUAUCCUUUUACACUCCAUUCAGGUGUAUGUUUGGGAGCCUUAUUUGGAUCCUGGUAUCUUCUAUCAGUCAUAUAUCUACUGUUGCUGAUAUUGUAUCUCUGUUUCAUUAUCUGACAGCUUUAUGCUGGAAACUUCUGCAGAAAAACACACAACAAUAAUGGGGCACGACCAUAUGUCUCGUAUAAAGAUGCAUAUGGCAGAAGGUUCUUUUGGUGACAGGAACCGGUGCCAGCAACCUGGGUGCAAUGAGGUUGUCGAUGGAAGGGUAGUGUACUGCAAAACUCACAGCGGAGAGUUGUCAUGCCAACAGUUCAGUCACCUCCAGAGCGGACUGGAGAGCUCAGUACCAUGCACUGAGCAAGAGUUACAUGUCAAGCACGAAGGGGAUGAUCGAGGCAUGUUUUGCAAGAACGAUAGCUGCAGCAAGCAAGCACAUGAGAACUCAAUCUACUGUAAGUUGCAUAGCGGUGUUAGCAAGGGCUGCAUGGUCCGAGGCUGUACAAGAGGUGCACAUGGAGGCACACCUCUGUGCAUUGGGCAUGGAGGCGGGAAACGGUGUGUGAUCCCUGGAUGCCCAAAUGCCGCGUGUGGUCAAGGCCUCAGUGACCGCUGUGUGAGGCAUGGUGGUGGCAGGAGAUGUAGAUUCGAAGGGUGUGCGAAGGGCGCACAGGGGAACACCGAUUACUGCAUAAGGCACGGUGGGGGAAGGCGGUGCAAGUUUGAAGGUUGCACGAAGAGUGCGCAGGGACGGACAGAUUUCUGCAUUAAGCAUGGUGGUGGCAGCCGGUGCAAGUUCCAAGGAUGCGGCACGAGCGCAAAAUGGGGAACAGAUUUCUGCUCUAUCCACAGGAAGGCUUUGUUGGGAGGCGACAAUGCCGCCGUCCCUGAAGCUUUGCCUGCCGCUUCAGAAAAACGACGUCGUGCCAAGAAGCCCAAGAAGGCGGCGAAACUGUCUGAGGCCUCCCAAGAGAAUGCCACAGCAGCAGCAGCUAUUGCUGGUAACAGCACUCAACAUAUGGGCGGUCUUCUCAUAGCUAUCCCUGUUGCUAACCGUGACAUGUUAACCAAAGCCGUGGCAGCGACGGGGCAAGCUGCAAUAGCCUCCGCACAGAUAGUGGCGCCGCUGUCCAUGAAAUCGCCGACGCCAUCUGGAGCAGCGGCGGCUACCUUGACUGGGAGGGAGGCGGGAGCAAGCAGGGAGAUGCUGGGUCUGUAGAAAGAUGGUGGCAGUGCAUAAUUCGGGAGGCUUGGCGACACCCCUUGCCCAGAUAGUUCUCUGAUUAUUGCCUUCUUUUUAGACUGAGAAAAACCUCGAAACUUUAGGAGGGUUGUGCAUUUUGACAGACUCGGGCCGUCGACUGACUCUAGUGAUGUUCUGUGCCUUUCUCGUUUGUAAAUUGCAAUGUUCUCGUGUAUUUUCUCUUGUGACCAUUUGGACAGUAAGCAAUAAUAUUGGUGUUCUAAUCUCAGACCA